AUGGCCAUAGACGCGGGGCUACUUUUGCCCGCUAUAUUUUUCACAAUAAUCGCGGUUGUCAUCGCGUCCGUUUUCUUCAACAAGAAAGAAGCUCCCAAGAAGAAGAAGCAGCACGAGGAGGCUCCCGCUCGCACCGUGGAAAGCUACCAGUGUUCGUCCGAGCCGCUGGAGAUUCCUGCUCUGGUCAACCAUCCCAUUUUCGGGACCACCGUAACAGCAGCAGCAGCAGAAGCCAAACCCGAGGUCGCGAAGGUCGAGGAGCCCGUGGAGGAGAUCGCAGUCGCUGAGGCCGCUGUGGUCGAAGCCGCACAGCUCCUCGAGGACUACCAGGUGCCGUCUUCUUCUGGGACGACCUGUUCCAGUUCGCCGGCGAGAAGAGGCGACCCCCUACAGGUGGUUCGUGAUGGGCCCAGGGCGCUCGGGGACGGGCAUCCAUAUCGACCCGCUGGCACGAGUGCGUGGAACGCCCUGGCAGGGCACAAGCGCUGUCUGUUCCCUACCAACACUCCCAGAGAACUCAUCAAGGUGACGCGUGAGGAGGGCGGUGCCCAGCAGGACGAGGCCAUCACCUGGUUCAGUGUGAUCUACCCCCGUACUCAAGCCCCCUCCUGGCCCGCAGAGUUCCGCCCGCUAGAGAUCCUGCAGAGGCCCGGAGAGACCGUCUUCGUACCAGGAGGCUGGUGGCAUGUGGUGUUGAACAUGGACACCACCAUCGCAGUGACUCAGAACUUUGCCAGCACCACAAACUUCCCCAUCGUCUGGCACAAGACCGUCCGCGGGCGACCCAAACUCUCACGCAAGUGGUACCGCGUUCUGAAGCAGGAGAGGCCUGACCUGGCAGUGAUGGCUGAUAAGGUGGAUCUGCAGGAGUCUACAGGCAUCGCCUCAGACAGCUCGAGUGACUCUUCAUCAUCGUCAUCCUCCAGCUCCUCAGACUCAGACUCAGAGGAGUCGGGCUCUGAGGGCGACCCCAUGUCUCACCGCAGGAAGAAGCGGCGCACCUGCGGCAUGCUGGGUAACGGGGACAUCUCCUCGAAGGACGACUGCGUGAGCAAAGAGCGCAGCUCGUCACGGUGACACGCCCACCCCUGGGGCCACACCCCCACCCCUGGGGCCACACCCCUUUGCUUUCCCAUUCUGUCUUCAUGGCUUGUCUCUCUUUCCCUCCCUCUCUCAUCUCUCUCAUCCCUUUCUCCUCUCUCCUUUCUCUCAUCUCUCUCUUCUCCCUAGCAUCUCUUUCUCCGUCUU